ACCAACCUUAGAGAAAGAAAUAGAUUUUUAGAAAAAAUGUCCGUGAUAAACUAUUUAAAACGAAUUCAAAAUUCGUCUUACCUAAGAUAUUAUUGUUCAAAUACUGUAAAUAAUGAUAAAAUUGAUUCGAAUUUUGUGAACCGUAAUCCACGAAAUUUAGAAAAAUUACGCAUCGCACACAAACCAGAUGGCUAUCACUUAGAAAAACCAGGUCGUUCAUAUUGGAAUAAGUUACAUUUGGAGGCAUCAGGACGGCACAUAACCGCAAGUAUUUUACAUCAUACAGAUGGGCCAGUAAUAACAGCUAGUACCAAAGAAUGGGCAAUAAAAAAACAAUUAUUCAAAACGACAGAUACAUCAGCGUAUAUUAAUUUGGCACGAGUAUUAGCUCAGAGAUGUUUAUAUUUCGGUGUAACAGAAGUUCGGUGUGAUUUGGAAGGAAAAGAGGGAGGAAAAGUCGAAGCGUUUUUAAAUACUUUGAGUAAUGAAGGAUUAAAAUUAAGUGAGCCUGUUCAAUUUAAGCCACACAGACCUUGGGAUAAAGAUCGUCCUGAAAAGCCUUGGGAAUAUGAAUAUUAAUACAUUAAUAACUUGUUUUUUUGUUUUAUAACUUUAUU